UGAAGUCUUUAGCGCCCAGUGUUUCUCUAGACUGCGGGUAGCUACGUGUGUCUUGCGUUGGACACGGCAGGGAAGAGGUGGAACGUUGCCGCUGGCGGGCCACUGUCAUGCCUGAGCUGUCACAGCUUUCCUCCCUCUCUCACGGCGACUCCGCCCCGCUGUUCCCGGUAGACCGAGCGGGCACCGCGGACUGGCCGGGAUUUAGGACACGGUGCUUUUAGAUACUUUACCUUCCAUUUCCUCUUGUUGUUGUUUUUUUAAUUUUUAAUUUUUGAUAGAAAUCCCAUCGACUGUUUUUUGACACAGGUGUAUACAGUGGCAUUAUCUGUUGGGCUCCAAGUGUUUUUUUUUGUAGUCGGAGCACAAGAGGACCAAGUGAGUUGAAGCGCUUCCAGUCGGAAUAACCCCUCAGACGCUUCCAAACAUGGCUUUAACCCGGGACCUUUUCUACUUCUUUCUAUGCACCGCCAUGAAAACGGUGUACCGCUGUGAAGCAACAGCUCCAUGUCCUCCCCCGACCGGGCUCAACUACAGUUGGCCGAACCCGUUUACUGUCAACGUGUCCUGGCAGCUGCCCAGGGGUCUGCAGGACGGGGAGGUCUUUUACAAGUACCGCGAUCAAACUGAUAAAUCUAGGGGGUGCACGAUUUGGAGAAAUUUCACAGAGAGCUUUCUCACAGAAGAGAUGGGCUCUGAUCGUCGGACGUUCUACGUUUGGACAGUUGGCGGUAAAUCCUGUGAUGAUCAUUUGAAUGAGAGCACGCGCGUGGCCAUUACCGUUCAUACCCCUAAGCCCCGAGCUAAAGUGAGGGACGUCAAAUGUUUGAUCAACGCCACAGAAAUGAACUGUUCCUGGAUCCCAGAGAAUAAACCCGUUCAUCUCUUCUACAGGGUUCGUGGUAAUUUUUCGAAGGGUUUAAAGAAGUGUGAUCGGCCUUACAGCAGUGCGCCAAGGAGCGGUUGUUAUCUGAAAGUCAAUGCUGUCAUGAGUGACAUCUACAUACUGCUGGACACUGGAGCUGGAUGGAGCACUUUUAAACCUGUGCUUGAAAUACCUUCACCAAAGCUGAAAAUCAGUGUUGUGGGAGAUAAAUUCAACCUGAGCUGGCCCCCUCCAGUGGUUGGGAAAUAUUUCCUUUGGGUAUACGAGGUCUGCUACAAGAAAUGCAAUGAGCCCAAAGUAUGCUCGAACUUCAUCACACACGGAGAGCCUAUCCAGAUCCACUACGAUAAAAGAUGCCUUUACGAGUUCCAAUCCCGAGCCAGGACCAGUGACUACGUCAAGGAAAUAUUCAGCGGCUUCGGUGACGUUGUACCUUUUGGCGCUGAUGAGCCUCCUGACAAGACACUGGUGGUGGUUGCCAUCGUCGUCCCCAUCAUUCUGUCUGCCUGCAUCAUUCUGUCCUGCUACUGCUUCCGAAGGCACCGCCAGAUUAUUUGCCCCACCAUACCGGAUCCUUCCGCAAUAUUCAAGGAAAUGAUGUUGACCGGAAACAAAGAAUUUAAGCCCACAACAGGGAAGGUGUACCAGCCGGUGCCGGAAGUGGUUGAAUCCUGCAAAUUAACGCUUCCAUUGUGUAACGAGAUCCCCCAGGAAAACUCCUGACAUGCACGUGAAGACUGCCAGCGGUGCAGCCGGACUCCCUUUCUGAGCAAAUUCAUUAAGAACAUUAACAGAGUAACUUAACACCAGGCUGGAACGCUUUGUGCUUGGGUACCAAAACCUCAGUGCUAUUAUGGCACCGGUGCCUUAACAACCGGUAUUUGCUGGACCGAUUAGUAACGUGGAUUCCGGUACCACUGAAAUGCCUUCGCUGCCCUCUGAUGCUCCGAAACGGACGUUAGAGGCAACAGAAGCUUUGCUGCAUGUGACGCUAGUUAACAUGAUCCACUUGGCAGCAGCUAACGUUAGCCUACCGUUAGCUAGUAGCUGGAUCAAUCAUGGUUAAAAUGCCGACAGCUAACAUACGGUGUGACUGCAUUUCCCUGUAGAGGAUUCCACCACCGAGACGUAACAGUCUGCAGAUGCCUUUGUUGGAAAAACAACACAGACGCCGCGUUCACUUGAAACUUGUCUCGCCAGUCUCGUGGUGCAUGCAAAAUUCUUGCAAAAUACCCUUUUUCCAUCAAGCUACUGGUGAAAUAAGUUAUUGUUAUUACAUUUUUAGUAAAUCUUUUAAUUUUGAUCAUACGGCCUUAGCAAUAAACAAGCCAUUCUUAAAUGACGCAGGCUGUCGUUUUGUGUAUUUUGUAAAAAUCUUUUUUAAAGUAUUGGUUCAGGCAUCAUUUAGGCACCGGCACCGUUUUAAGAGUAUCGUUUUAGCACCGGUAUUGAAAAAAAACAAAAAACAAUACACAAUCCUAGCCACUGAGUUCCAAGCCUGACUGCUGUGGUGAGGGGUGAGCCGCGUUGCACUCUGGACUGAUCUGACCCUGUAUCACUGCUGCAGCCAGGUAACCACUGCAACCACUGGAGGGGGGGUGUCUUAUCAGCUGCUGUUUUACUCUCUGAAGAAGGGAAACA